GUACUAUUUCUUCUUUGAGUUUUAUCAAAUAAUUUGCAAAUUUCAGAGAUUGAAUGUGUCAGGACGAAAAAGCUUCCAUCGCUGACUUACCGUUGUUUUGUGAAAAAGAAUCAGGUGAUGUCGAACAAUUUCGGAAACGUAUGGCACCGAUCUUAGAUAAAUAUCCAUCUUACGAUACGAUAUAUACAUUGGAUCGAUGGCUUCGUUCAUAUAAUAAUGAUAUAGAAGAAGCAGUUAAACGAAUGACACGAGCGUUGAAAAAUCUCUAUGCUCUCGAUGCAUGCAAAGAUUACGAUAGUGUCGAAUCAUUAAAUGAUUUUUUGCAUACGAUAAGUCGAGCUGCUGAAUAUUUUCCAGGGGGCAUUAUGGGUCCUGACAAGCACGGAAAUAUUAUUCUCGUUCAACCGAUGGGUCGUGCUCGACCGAAGACAAUGAUGCGUUUGGGACGUGUGUCCGAUCUUUAUAAGGCAGCAAUUUUGGAGGCUGAAGCUUGCAUGUAUUUUUUGAGAAAAGAGGAAGCUGUUAGAGGACGCCAGCUUGGUAUUAUUUUCAUUUCGGAUCUUGCUGAAUUAUCUCUGGAAACAAUUUACAUGCCUGCUGUGAAAGCAUAUAUGAAUGUUUUGGAUGUACUACAGUGUUUAUUCCCGAACUCGAUCAAAAAGGUGUAUGUGAUCAAUUCUCCCUCCAUGAUCAGUGUUCUUUUCAAUAUGGUAAAACAAGUACUUUCCAAAAGAAUGAUUGAAAGUAUCGAAUUUAUUGGCAAUGAUUGGCAGCAACGGCUAAAGGAUGAGCUAGGUGAGGAAAAUAUUUUCAGACAUUGGGGUGGUACGAAGGAAGCUGUAAAAGAAACGGGUACAAUACGCAUGGGUGGCGAAGUACCUGCUAGUGUGAGGGACGAGAUUUUAAGAACACUGAAGUUCAUUCCCGAUGACCAAUUAACAAAAACAACAGUUCCAGCUAGUGGGACGCUAGAGAUUCCAGUUCAUGUUCUGCAGUCAAAUUCAUCACUGCAGUGGUAUUUUACUGUGAAUGCUGGAGAAAUUGACUUCAAAAUCACGUUUGGUAAGGAGGAAGAGAUCUGGCCGCAUUUUCGUCUGUCAACCGAAUUUGUCCCGGAAUAUGGUGAAUUGCUGUGCCAUCAGAAAGGGACUUAUAUUCUUCAUUUCUAUAGUCCGGCAAAACUAUUUAAUAAAAUAGUCGCAUAUAAUAUUUUGGUGAAGGGCCCGUAA